AUGAGCCUGUCGGAUUCUCCGUCACCGCAGGACAAACCAGCAUCGUCUGAAUUCGAUCCCAUAAACUCAGAGGUGCUGUUGAAUGACAACGAUGGCUCGUACUUGAGCGGAGCCUCGCCUCAAGAUAACCCUGAUUUGGGCAUCGACAUGAACAUAGACAUGGAACCUACGCGAAAUACCUAUCAUGGUUCCACCGAAACACCGGCAGACUUGAAAGAUUUCAAUGAGUUUCCCCAAGCAGAUGAAGAGUCGAGUGAAGACAAACCGAAGACCAAUACCGACACGAAUGCCGAUUCCAAUGCUGAUGCCAACACCACCGCCAUCGCUAAUACCGACGCCGAUGUUGAUAUGGGCGAAAACGACGAAAAGGAAAACAUCGACAAAGACGCAAAAGACGCAACCACUGCCCCCGACGAUGACGACGAUAUCGUAGCCCAUCGCCCCCACGCAAAAAAGGGCCUCAAAAUUGAGGACGAGACCACCAUGCCCAAUGCACCCGAUUCGAAGGAUGACUCCAGCGAGUACGAGACGCUGGAAAGUCGAAAGGUGGGUGACGAGGGCGAUGUGGACCACCUGUCAAAUGUAAAACAAACCCACACCAUCAUAAUGCCAUCAUACUCGCGGUGGUUCAAAAUGAAGUCGAUCCACCCUAUAGAGAAAGAGAGUCUUCCCGAGUUCUUUAAGUCAAAACACCCGUCAAAAUCACCUACGAUCUACCUCAAUUACAGAAACUUCAUGAUCAACUCUUAUAGACUCAAUCCAAACGAAUACUUAACGUUGACUUCUUGUCGGCGUAAUUUGGUUGGCGAUGUUGGAACUUUGAUGAGAGUGCAUCGUUUCCUCAAUAAAUGGGGUCUAAUAAACUAUCAGGUGAAUCCUCACUUUAAGCCUGGAUACCCGAUCGAAAAACUCAAUAAUGGAACUACGGCUGGCCUUCCUUUUACGGGUGACUACCAUGUUACCUAUGACAGCCCUAGAGGCCUUUUUCCCUUCACUACUCAUAAUAUAGCUUCCAAUAAGGUUGAUGUAUCAAAAUUGCGGGAACUAGUCGGUACCGGCUCCGGCAAUGGGGAAGUCCACACUGACUUCAAGGAGAGCAACUUAGACUCCAAUGACGACGCACCUCCUCAAAAGAAGCAAAAGACCCACCACUGGACAGAAGAAGAAACUUCAAACUUGUUGGCGGGAAUAAAAGAGUUCAAGAAUGAUUGGUAUAAGGUCUCCAAAAAAGUGGGUACCAAAACUCCGCAGGAGUGUGUACUCAAAUUUCUCCAGGUUCCAAUUGAAGAUAGCUACGACAAGUUGGGUGAUGUUGGUAUAAUGAAGUAUGCUUCCAACUUCCCCGUCAAUGGUGUUGAUCAUCCCGUGAUAAACAAUUUGGCUUUCAUGGCUCAAUUGGUGGAUAGUGACGUCGCCAAAGCUGCAAGUGGUCGUGCAAUCAAAGAAAUGGAUUCCAAGAUUCAGGAAAAGAUAGAAAAGGUGAGUGUUGAAGCCGCUAAACAAGAAGAUAUAAAGGAAGAAGAAAAGAGCGAUGAGGUGAAGGAGAAUGGAGCCAUCACAACAGAAGAAUCUACCGACGUGGUGCGUGACGCUGCAGUAGCUGCGUUUGGCAUUGUCGGUGCCCGCAGUCAUUUGUUUGCUACCUAUGAGGAUCGUGAAAUGCACAAGUUGGCGCAUUCAAUCAUUAAUCAACAGUUGACCAAAGUUGACUUGAAGCUUCAAAAACUUGCUGAAUUGGAAAAGAUGUAUGAGAAAGAACGCAAGCUUUUGGCGAAGCAGCAACAGGAAGUUUUCCUCGACAGGUUGGCUUUUACGCGGUCUACAACCACCAUAACCACCAAGCUUGCCGAAGUAUUGGAUACUUUGAAACAACAGGAAGUGGAUGAUAAAGUCAAGCUGCUUCUUUCAGAAGUGGAGUCACAAUUGUAUAAGCCUACGAAACAUUCGGUGGUACUGAAUGCGGCCGCAUCAUCCACAAAGGAAAAUGGAGAUAGCAAUGGGUCUGAUGCCAAGGGAGAUGAUAACGAGAAACCUUUGUCUCUAGAAGCUCCACAGACCUUUAAGGUGUGGGUGCCCUAA